AUGAAGUCCAAGAACAUGUUCCUGGGGGCACACAUCCUUCCAGACGUGACGUUCCACAUGCACCAAGAUGACUUUGCGCGCCUCAGAGGCAUAGCUGGUAAUGGCGUCCUGGCACGCAACGUCAGGUCCAUUACCUACUUCACGGCAGCGAUCGAAAGUCCUGCCCGUGAGGCCAAGCCUGCUGACGACUUGACGUUGUGGUUCGAGUACGAAAAAUACGAGCGCCUGGUCGCCGCGCAAGAUCAGAUCAGAGCUGGCACGGCAGAUCUGGCGUGCCUUAAAGACGCGCUCGCCAAGUUUACAGGUCUAAAGCAUGUUACAAUGUCAUCGGGUCACCUUUUCUAUGAAGGCCGCGCGCAUGAAAAGCCGUCUCCGUUCACGACUCCCUUUCCACCUCCAACUCACUGGCCGCGACCAGAGGGUGUCAGGCACCUUGAAGUCUUGCUUGAAGCAUUGGCACACAACAAUCUCAAACUCGAGAGCCUGCGCGCGGGCUCAUUUGAUUGGAUCUUCUUCGACAAGAGCUCGACAGAGCUGGAGGGGUUGUUCCGGCCGUUGCUAGACGCGGUGCAUGUUGAGUUAGAAAUUACAUUGGACCUAGACGACGACCUACAUGAUGUGAGCGGAAACACUGGGGAAUGCCGGCGUUUCAUGGAUCGAGGAAUAAUCAGAGAUCUUCUGGCGCGCAUGAGAAGGCUCGAGUUGCUGCGUGUGGGAUUCAUGGGCGACAUGGACGUGCCGUACAAACCAGCCAUGUUGAGGGACAUUGUGAGCCCAACUUAUCGCUGGCCGCAUCUAAAUCGACUCGAGAUCUCGCACGUGGAGGUUGACAGACACACUCUGAUGCAAUUUCUGGUCCUCCACAAAGACACGCUUCAAUUUCUCUGUCUGCAGGAUUUUGACCUUGGCGAAACCUCAUGGGAGAAGCUGCUGCCAUCCAUUCGCAACACCUUACACCUCGAAUGUGCAUGCAUCUGUGGCACUCUGACAGGCCAAGUGGAAGACGUGCCAGAAAAGGGCGGAGUGGAAAACUGGGAUUUGAGCAGGCCUGGAGAAUAUGAAAACGACAUGAGAGCGUCUAUUAAUCGCUACUGCCGCAAUGGGGGCGAGGACUAUCCAGAUGAGCUCCCGCUCACGGACGAGGUUGUGCAAAAGCACUUUGACCAAUAUGUCAAAUGCCACGUUAGGAAGACGCAAGCCCAAGAUUGGAAGGACAAGUGCCGGGUUGCGGAGGAGGUGCGCCGCAGGAGGCGUGAGGACGGGCUCAUGCCAAAUUGGAUCAGUGACAGCGAACUAGGCUGGGAUGGCUAUGAUUCGGAUGAUCUCGACGACGACGACGAUGAUGAUGAUAAUGAUGAACUAGUGUUUGUGGGACAUGCCUGA